CUUAGCAACAAACAUUAGCCAGCUAGCCUGUUGCCUUUAGCUACUCUCAUGCGCAACGUAGGUAGGCUUGCGGAUAGAUAGCAAUGCUUUUUCAUCCCGUUCAUGUCACUUAUUCAACUCAGUUGUCGAUGUUAAUUAAAGUUUACCUGUUGCUUUGAAGUGUAGAACAUUCGGUCUGUGGAGUCUUUAGCUAUAUAUCAUUGACGGGCGGAGGAGAAGGCUCUUUUCACUGGGAAAAGUGGCUAACAUUAGCUAGGAAGCCUUAGCAGCGGAGUCACUAGCGUCUCCUAUUGCCACAGAGGGAGGCUGGAGAUAUGUGAUUGUGGUUCAGGCGGCUGAUGAGCUCAUCUAAUGUUGGCAGAUACUGGAUGAGUUGAAACGUGAUUUUACAGGCGGUAUAUGUGUUGGUGUCACAUCCCUAAAUCUACCCAGGCAGAGUGGAACUGAGUGAUCCGGCCAGACAUCGCCACCAUGUUGGAGGAGGACAUGGAAGUGGCCAUCAAGGUGGUGGUGGUCGGCAACGGAGCUGUCGGCAAGUCCAGCAUGAUCCAACGCUACUGCAAAGGCAUCUUCACUAAGGACUACAAAAAGACCAUCGGGGUGGACUUCCUGGAAAGGCAGAUACUUGUGAAUGACGAAGAGGUCAGACUUAUGCUGUGGGACACGGCCGGGCAGGAGGAGUUUGACGCCAUUACUAAGGCCUACUACAGAGGUGCCCAAGCAUGUGUGCUGGUGUUCUCGACCACAGACAGAGAGUCGUUUCAGGCUAUCGACAGCUGGAGGGAGAAGGUGGAGGCCGAGGUGGGAGAUAUCCCCACUGUCCUAGUGCAGAACAAAAUAGACCUCCUGGAAGACACCGUUGUAAAAAACGAGGAGGCAGAAGGUUUGGCUAAAAGGCUCAAGCUGAGAUUCUAUCGAGCUUCAGUAAAAGAGGACCUUAAUGUCAACGAGGUUUUUAAGUACUUAGCUGAUAAGUACCUUCAGCGGCUCAAACAGCAAACGGCAGAGGAGACAGAGGUGCUCCAUACAACCAGCAAUAAAAUAGGUGUUUUUAAUACCACAAGUAGUAAUGUCUGCAACCAGAGCUCCAGCAACGGCAGAGAAGUCAUCUCCUUACGACCUAACAAACAAAGGACCAAGAAGAGUAAAAAUCCUUUUGGAAGCUGCAGCCUAAUUUAGAUAAAACAUAUUUUAGUUUUAGUUACUGACUAUUGUUUCUAAGACUAAAUUGGUCAUUGUUGUAUUCUGUGGAGGUAGCCACAUUUAGAGACCAAAGCCCAAACAGACUGGGAAAUACUCUACUAUACUACUUUAAUAACCUGAUGAUUAAUCUGUACCCUAAGUUGUUCCCCUACAUUGAUGGUUACAUUUCCUUUGAUUCCGCCUUGGAUCUCCACCAAUGACCUGCGCACAAAAUAUUUUCCUUGUGGUUGCCUUAAGUAACAGCAACAGCUGCAGCUACACUACAGUACUGUAUGUAGUUUAUAUAUCACAUGACAUACAAUCCUCUCGUCAAAACAGCAAACGUUGCACUCUGUGAAAACUCUGUAUGACUUUUAAACUCACCCAUCCUGUGUUUGACGUCUGUUUGCAUGUAUUGUAAAAGAUUCACAGAUCAUUUUAAACCAUAUUUUUGGUUUAAACUAUUCUGUUUAUUGUGGACAAAACACGAUCCAGAGUUAUUCUCUGUGCAGAAGUAUUUUUGUACGAAUCACUAGUGUUGAGUGAUAUUUUCACUGAAGUGUUGACAGUGCCAAAUUCCCUCUUUCCGACCUGUAGAUAAAUAUGAACACUGCAGUGACAUGGAUGUAUCAUAAAAUAAUAGAAUGUGCUUUUACGUAUAACCAAAUAUGAAACACUAACUGGUCUUAUAUAUGUCUGCUUACAGCUUGUUUGAGGGUUUGUUAAUCAACACUUUCACAGAUGUAAAACACGAGUCACAGUUAUAGCGAUGCGUUUUUGAUUGCAGUUGUUUACAUAUUUAAUUGUGCUUUUUCUUUAACUUUGGUACAGCUUUGAAUUACACGUGGUAAGUCGCAGACUAAAAACUAUUAUUUAGACGACACAACUCUAUUUUUAUUAUUUCAAACACUAUAUUUUUUACAUUUCAAUCACUAAGCAUGGUUUAAUUUCUUUGUUGUUGAUUCAAUGGUUUGGCUUCUGCAGUAUGUAAUCAAUUUAUUUUGUAAAUGUCGAUAUCUGUAGUGUCGGUACGAAAAGCCGAUCUUCAGGAUGCGAUAUCUUGCUUGGGUGUGCUUGAAUAUGCAAGAAAAUUCAGUUUUUUCUCAAUACACAAGGGUACUUAAAAGAUCUCUAAACUAAUUCCCAGACCUCAAAACAGCUAGCUGAGAACUCUAUGAUACUGCCUUGUCUGCAUCAGGUUUUCCUAAAGCUCAUUAUCUGAAAGACGUCAGUUUCCUAAGCACAAAAAGAAUGUGGUGAUGUGGAAAAGGCCACUAACAGACAAUUUGAACAUUUACAUGUGAAUUAUUUGAAUGUUUUACAUGCAAUUGGUAUAGGACAACUGGGAGUAAACAUGCUCGAUUUGGAACAGAUUAUUGCUAUAAGCCUUUCCCAGAUUUAAAUGAUUAAAAAAAAACGUAAUUCUCAAGACACUUAGAUAAAACGGUUGUGAAAAUCCCAACAGGUGCUUUUAAGAUGUUACAGUUUAUUGUGUCACAAUUUAGGAGUUCUCAUUUGGUUGCGCUGUUUUGAGGGGGGGGGGGGGGGGGGGAAGAGAGAGUGUGUCUUAACUGUAAUGCAUGCAAGCCUUUUUUUCCACAUCAGUGAAUGUUGAACCGCGGCUACAAUGAGUCGUCCUUGUUUACAUUCUUCCCACUCACCACCAUUUUAAUCCCUACUCUUGCUGUUUGUUUAAAACUGCCUGCACAGUAAAUCUGUAAAUAAUUAUUUCCUGAGCUUUGUAACAUUGUGUGUACUUUGCCUUUUUUGCUUUUUGACUGAAUGGAUAUAGCGCACUUUAUCAUUAAGAUGGAAUAUAAUCUUAAAGAACCAUAAAUUGAAAACUAACCAUACUUAUGUGCUGUCACUCAGGUGUUGUAAUGAUCUUUGUGUCUUACUGUUAAUAUACCUUAUCACACUUCAUGAAUCAAUCUCACACAUUUAGAUGUAUGCUUUCAGACUGACAAAGACAACACUCAUUGUUGGAUUUUUGUUUUUAACAGUGAAAAAAAAAUGUAUAACAACUUUUAAGUGUGCCACACAACUGCACACCCAAUAUUAUGUUUGUGGUGGGGAGUUGAUGCUUAUAUGACAUUAAUAAAACUUUACUUUUUUCUUGAGCA